AGCUUGGAGGUCCUUGAUAUCGCAAAUAAUGAGAUUAGUGAUUCUUUUCCAUGCUGGAUGAGUACACUCUCUAGACUUCAAGUUCUCAUCCUAAAACACAAGAAGUUUUUUGGACCGCUGGCACCAUCUAGCCACACAAGCAGAGUCACCUGCGGAUUCCCGAGUGCACGGAUUUUGGAUCUAUCCUCAAACAACUUAUCAGGCACACUGAACAAAGAAUGGCUUUCGACAUUAAUGGGCAUGAUGGUAAUAGUUAAUAAUCAGACAUCGGCGAUGCUGGAACAAGAACGACAUCAAAAUCAAGUAUACCAGGUUACCACUGAACUCACAUACAAAGGGUCGGAGCUCACAUUUGAUAAGAUAUUGAGGACCCUUGGAUUCCUUGAUGUCUCACAUAAUGCUUUACAGGGAAGCAUCCCUGAAGCUAUCGGGGAACCUGUUUUGUUGGAAGUGCUCAACAUGUCAUUCACAGGGCCAAUUCCAUCUAAUGAGCUCAGUCAUUUGGCACACUUGGAGGCUUUGGACCUGUCCUCUAAUGAGCUUUCUGGGGCGAUCCCACUGGAGCUAGCAUCGUUGGACUCACUUACGACACUGAACCUCUCCAACAACAAGCUGACGGGGAGCAUACCAGAAUCACCUCAUUUCUCAACAUUCUCCAACAGUUCAUUUCUUGGAAAUGAUGGUUUGUGCGGCCCUCCCUGGUCCAAAGAGUGCAUCAACGACGCAACAACACCAAACGUGGCGUCAAACCAUUCCAAGAAGAAAUACGGAGACAUUGUACUGUUUCUCUUUGAUGGACUGGGAUUUGGUGUUGGGUUCGCAAUCGCCAUUGUUUGGAGAUGGUGAAUCCCCAUCAGGAAACGGUCUUAGA